CAAACAAGUUGAGUGAUUGCCGUGAAUUCGCCGAAAGGCCUCGAGGCCGGGCUCGGUCCAUUUUUCGGACUUGAUUCUGUUUUGUCAUUUUCUGGGCCAGAAAAUAAUGAGGUUUUGUACCUAAAGACUCAGAUAUAUCUAUGCCUGGCUUAGAUCUUCAACUCACUGUUCCAAGCCACUUAACCGCGUUCUGCUUUGGAUCACUUGUUUCAAUCCCCCCCUCCACAACCAUCCUAUCUUUGCCUUUUUAAGUUCCCUCUUCAACCUCGUCGUUUUCACUGGUUAGAUCAUCCCCUUCUCUUCCAUGGCCGCUGUCGUCUCGGAUAGUACUGAUAUCGAUACUACCACCAUGGAUCCCUCUGUUCACUACCCUCUCCUAAACACACACCCUCUCACAUACUCUACGAUGCCCAUGCAUAUGUAUCCUCUUACGCCUAGCUCACAACGUACCUUUCAUGCCAAACGUAGGCAGGUCAAGAAUGCUUGCACCAACUGUCAGAAAGCUUGCAAGAAAUGCGAUGAUGCUCGACCUUGUCUACGUUGCAUCAAGUAUGGAAUUCCAUCUGAAUGCAUAGAUUCUCAGCGAAAGGAACGCAAAAAAGGCGUCAAAAGAGGGCCUUAUAAUAAGAAGCGCGAUUGCAAAGGUAACGGCAGCGUCGGAAAUUUCGAUGCGCCUCCUCACCAACAGGAGGUGAUGCCGAUUACCAAUGGUGAAGGACCUGAUAAUCCAUCGUCAUCUUUUCAUCCAGCCUUGGGCCUUCAUUAUGUGGGUCCGGCCACCACAUACACUGGCACAACGUAUAUCAAUCAAUAUUCUCUUCCUCCACCUUUACCUCCUCCACUUGUGAAGCCACCGGAGCGCAGGGAGGAACCUCUUCCUUCUCUGCAUCCGACUUCACGCCAUAUCCAUUCGCAGCUCUAUGCUGUUUACCCAUCGCAAUUGCCACAAGCUUUGUCAGGCCAGGAAUAUCCGUCGCCGCCUACCAGUUACUAUCAAGGGGGACCUAGUAGGCCCGCAUAUCACCACGUCGGACAAUACCCAUCAUAUGCAGUUCACGUUCGUGCAGAUCCGCACCAACAGCACCUGAUGACACAACCCAGCUAUCCUUACAUGGCUGUAGCAUAUGGCAAGCCUGAGGGUGAGACAUACCUUGAGGGUCAAGGGGGUGGGAAAUAAAUAGUCUUCCGUCAAGUUGUCGUUAUCUUUGCUCUUUCUUGCUUGAACGAACAGUGCUGUACAUACUCAUAUCAUUUUGACUACUACGUACCCUACCUCUGCUAUCUGUAACUUGUCUUGUUUAUCGUGGGGAUGAUUACUCUGGUUUCCUGUAUGAUCUUUACUUACUCUGGAUUCGCAACGAACGAAUGUAUCUUGUUCAUUUUUCGAAUAUCUCUGCUCAUUGGAAUAUACUCGUCGGGGAGACUAUCAUAUAUUAGAAGCGAAAGUACGUACCGAUCUUAUGGAAUUG